UUCCGCGCGAGAUGAUGGCGGUUACGGCAUAAUCUGUGUGAGAAAAGUUUGUUUGGCAACUGUUGUUUUGCGCCAGCCUCAGUUAACCUAUAAUCGGCGCCGCUUAUCUGCUGUCACCUGCCUACGCACUUAUGCGGUUUUAUACCCGAUAUUUUGGCAGGCAGUCAAUGAUAAAUAAUGGCGUCGGGAUUAGAAAGCUAUGUGAAUCACACGGUUUCCGUUAUCACGUCGGACGGUAGAAAUUUCAUUGGAACAUUGAAAGGUUUUGAUCAAACUAUUAACAUAAUUUUGGAUGAAUCACAUGAACGAGUGUACAGUACAACACAGGGAGUGGAGCAAGUUGUCUUGGGUUUACAUAUUAUCAGAGGAGACAACAUAGCAAUAGUGGGAGAAUUAGAUGACGAAAUGGAUGCACGACUGGAUUUAUCAACAAUACGAGCUGAACCUCUAAGUUCUAUUGUACAUUGAUGCAUGUACCAGAAAUUACAUUUUUAAAGUUACCGCUUAUUCUCGUUCCAACCUAAAAUAAAAGAAAACGUUUGUGUACAUCAUAAAAAAAAAAAAAGAAUACAUUUUCUUGCAUAGGUUGUAUAUUGUAUAAAAAUCUUCAUUCAUCAUAUAUAGAUCAGCUUCUUAUAUAAUUAUAUUUUAAAAAGUGCACAGAACUAAUACAGUGGUAUUUACAUCAUUGAGAUAAAGCACCGAGAACUUGCAUUUGAACUGGCAAGUCUCAUCUGUACAAAAAUCUUAUCGUAUGAUAUAGUAAACUUCACUUUUUACAAAUAUAAUUUCAUUCUAUCAUACUAUAGCAAUAAUAAUGAGUGAAUAGAAACUAUAUGUAAUCGCAAUAUGAAUUAACAUUCUAAUAACAACUAAGUAAAUUCAACUAUAUAUGUAUAUAUAUAUUUUUUUUCAUGUAUAGAUUUAUCCUGAUGGAAAUAUGUGUAUAUGUUUAAAAAUCUGACUCGCCACAGAGUAUUAUUACAGUGGGAUACACAACUGUAUGUACCGCACUAGAAAGAUUAAUCAGGCUUAAUUGUAACUUACAUUGGUAUAUGAGAGUACAGAGUCGAGUGUUACUUUGAGUCGCUUGAUCAUUGAAAAUGUUCACGUUAAUUUUAGAAAAUUGGGAAAAUUGGAAGUAACAGAACUCGCACUCUCAUAUGUACGUUCGUAGAACGCAAGUAGAAAAGUAUAGUCGUUUCACGAAAUAGUUGUAGAUAGGUUUAAAACCUUCCCCAUAUACUCCAUAUUUUCUUACAAAAUAUUGCAUUUCACUUUAGAGUCUACGUGUCGUGAAGUACGCAGAUCAUGUCAUCGGUGUCCGAAUAGUUGUGCAAAUAUGCAAAUUAAAUAAGAUGAACAAAUAAAGGAGAUAAUAGGAUUAUAAUGGUA